AUGCGUAAAAUAUAUAGGUCAUUGAACCCAUCAUUGAUUGAAAACUUUCAACAGUUUGGAUUUCCUAAGUAUCAGUAUGGAUAUAGGCAUGUUGUAAGACCACAACCAUGUCAAGAUAUCAUAGAUAAACUAAACCUCAAGAAAAAAUACCCGAAUUCACAUCAAAAUCUUGAUAUUAUAGAUGUAUUCUCGGGAUAUGGCUUAUUUUCGAGUAUGAUAAACUACGAAUUGAAACCAAGAAAACAUAUUAUUAUUGAAGAUAGUAAAGAAAAUGUAAAUAUUUGGGAAGAGCGUAUUAAGUAUUUGAAGGAAAAGACUAAUAAUGCCGAAAACUUUGAACUAUAUCCUCAUAAUGGCUAUAACUGGUCUACAUUUGAAUCUUUAAUUAAAAAGGAUAAAAUUAUUGAACCAAGUAUAAAGCCCAGAGACGAAAUUCAUGAUGAAUUGUUGAUCAUUGGAAACUUGACUCCUCAAAAAUUUGGUGAAUCCUUACUAGCACAAUGGAUCAUGUGUUCUGUUUACCAGAAUUGGUUGCAGAAAUAUGGACGUAUAAAAAUGGUCUGCUUUGUUCCUGAUUCUACAGCACAAAAGUUUUUGUCAGGGCCUCGUUUUCCUAAACGAAACAAAUCUGCUAUCAAGAGGGAAUUGUUUACUGAUUCCAAGUUGAUUGGUCUUGUAGAGUCUAGUGGAGAUCAUUCUAUUCCAGAUGGGACAGAUUUUGAUCCUAACUUACUAGUGAAGGACCAGCCUUGUCUCAUACCAUCGAGAUCGAUCUUACCAGCUGGUGCUCUGCUUGCAGUUGUGGAAAUCGAUCCAAAAAAUUUACUUGAAAUAGAUUUUGAAAUGAUGGAGUAUAUUCUUCAAAUAUUGAUGUACAAGUCUACUGGUAAACUUUCUGAAGCAUUAGCUCAAUUAGCACCUGGUGCUGAAAUAGAUUUAGCACCAAAGCUUUCCAAAGAAAUUUUGAAUAAAUGCCCGAGAGACCUCUUAGCUGAUGAAAUCUGGGAAGUUUUCCAUGUUUUUGAUAAAUGGGCAUUCAAACCGGCAUUAACUGAUACUAUUGGUAUAGUUCAAGAAGACACAAGAGUAUUUUGA